AUGAGAUACGGCCCAUAUCCCUAUUACGGGUGGACUGACUUCCACAGUGCGAACGCUUUUUAUGCGCACUUUCUUGCUACUUAUCCUCCCGAAUCUCCCGAUCUUAGGGAGUUAACCGUGGCAUUUCAAUUGAUUGUAUUUGCUCUCGAGCAGGAUCCAUGGACCCAUGCCCAACAACCUCCACCGCAGUGGCAAGGCAACCGCUAUCAGGACACUGGUCGCCCUACUGAUUAUAUGCAAAUGCUGAAUGCUGAUGUGCACGCUAUGGUUCCAUUUUUUGAGAUUGCCGGGCACAUUAUCUUCGGGUUUGUGGGAAAAAAAGACCUUUCUCUCCUCGAAAAAUCAAAAAAGAGGGAUUCCAAUCUAUGGCACGGAGACUCAUUGUUCUCAUUGGAAAGAUGGGAAUUUUGGAAAACGCAGUUGCGAUGGAUAAGUGAGCAAUAUGAGCUAAUGGAAAGAAUGUGA